CUGUUUGCGUCACUUAGUGUGGAUCAUGGCUUUUUCUGGAGAGUCAGUGGAGAGUCUGGAGGAAAUUCCUGCUCAUGUGUGGAGCGGCUUGCCAGAGUAUCUGAAUCUCGGACCGUCGGCCGUCAAUCCGAGCCGCAUCGGUGUUUGGGCCACCACAGUGAUCCCAAAGGGGAAACGGUUUGGUCCAUUUAUUGGAGAGAAGAAGAAGAGGUCACAGGUCCCCAGUAAUGUUUACAUGUGGGAGGUUUAUUUCCCGGCUCGGGGAUGGAUGUGCAUCGACGCCACAGACCCGCUGAAGGGGAACUGGCUCCGGUAUGUGAACUGGGCUCGUUCCAGUGAGGAGCAGAAUCUGUUUCCACUGGAGAUCAACAGAGCCAUUUACUACAAAGUUUUGAGGCCUAUCGGGCCAGGAGAGGAGCUGCUGGUGUGGUACACAGUGGAAGACAACCCCGAGAUAACAGCUGCGCUGGAAGAAGAAAGAGCCAGCAGAAGGAGCUCACCCAGGUCGAAACGAGCUAGAAGAAAGUUGGUGGAGAAAGCCAGACAGGCUGGUUUGGGUGGAUUCAAGAAAACAAGUGGAACCAAAACUACUGCCAGGGAAAUGUGGGAGGGGGGAGAAGGUGAUAAGGAGGAGGGUGAGAGACUGUCAGGGACCUCUCAGGAGCUCCAUGAAGCCCAUCCUUUAGGAAGCACCAACCACAAGCAUUUGCAGGACACGUCCGCAUCAGGGGUGGACAGGGGAAACUAUGAGGAAGAUGAAGAAGAAGAGGACGAAGAAGAAGAGAAUGGCGAUGACAGUUGUGAAAUGCAGCACCAAACCUCAAAGCAAUUAUCCGAGCAGUCGAGCUCGUUGCUAUCUGGCAGUGGAGAAAGCCAUAAGGAUCCACAGGAGAGCCCCCCACUACCCCAGCGGGGUGGAGACCCUGAGCAGGACCCCGACGGGGAGCUGGAGGAAGACCUCCAAGGAGAAUCCUAUCCCUGCGACCACUGUGAGCGCCACUUCUCCUCCAGACAGGGUCUGGAGCGCCAUAUACAUGUUCAUGGCAUCAGCAACCAGCAAGCACAAGUCUUUAAGUGCCGAUACUGCAAUAAGCCUUUCAGCUCACAAGUCGGGCGCCGGCGGCAUGAAAGACGGCACGAAAACGGAUCCAAGAAGAUGCCCGGCUCCCAGGCUGGAGUUGGUGGCCUCCUCAGUCCUGCAGGGCAGACUGAUUCAAGUCCUGACUGCACCAGUCCAACCAGUCAGCUCAUAGCCAUAGGGUCCCAGUUUAACAUGCAGAGGAAAGAGUUGGGACUCCACACCGAUCGUCCGUCGAUGUUUGAUGAGAACGGGGAGUCAAAGGAGCUUCAUCCUUGCAAGUACUGCAACAAAGCGUUCGGCACACACACUAACAUGCGCAGGCACCAACGCAGAAUACAUGAGCGCCACCUGUUGCCGAAGGGAGUUCGCAGGAAAGGCAUGCUGCUGCAGGAGGCGUCGACACAGCAGCCGGGCGCGUCCCCAAGCGCCAGCCCUCCUCUGGUCUACAUGCCCAGUGCCGACACGGAGGACGAGGCAGACAGAGACGAUUACGCCAUCGACAUAUCCAAAAACAUCUCGGAGAACCUCAGCUUCUACAUUGAUGGCAAGAUUGUGUCAACGAGCACGGCAAGCAGCUGUGAGGUGAUAGAAGUGGACACGAGGUCGGCGGCUUUGUUUGGCCUGGACACGGUCAUCAUCAGCCCAAAUCAGAUUAGUCAAGCACUGAAGGUGGAGGCGAGAACGAACGCCACAAAGCCAAUCACUAGCAAUGAGCAGCCUGCAGCAAAAAGAAGAACAUCAACUCCCCCCCUCGUCACCAGCCUGAAAGUGGAGACGGAAACGGCUCCUUCGCCUUCAUCCUCCUCGUCGUCCUCAUCCAACCUGUUGGUAGGAGGACUUUUCCAGCAGGAUUCAUCAACACUUCAGAGGGAGAAAACCAUUUAUCUCUCCCCUAAACUCAAACAGCUCCUUCAGACGCAAGACUUCCAAAAAUCAACAAUAGCCCUUAUUACCGAGAGCCAUAGACUGGCCUCACUUCCAGGCGCUUCUGGAAAGUUCAAAAGGAGGACCGGUUCUCCGCCUUCAUCCCCACAGCUUAGUCCGACUGUCAAAACUGAAAGCUGUAAAGCUGAAGCAGCGAGCGGAAACGCCCUCAAGGUGCCAAAGCUGGAAAGCCAUAGUGUGCCUUCUGAAAGCCUCCUAGAUGAGGAAGAUGAAGAUUCUCCAAGCUCCUCCGGAAGCCACGCCUCCUCCAGCGGCGGGGGGAGUUCCUGCAACCAGCAGCCCUUGGAUCUGUCCAGCUCUGUCUGCAAGCGAAGCGACGGCCCAAACCAGGCGACUGGAGACUCGGCUCUGGAUUUAAGUGUAAACCGGAAAGCCACCCCAGAACCCGAUUUAAAGGGCGGGCUAGCGCCACAACCCCCGGUAAAGAAGAAGAAGCCAAACACGAGCAUGUUGGAAAAGGUGCUAAUGAACGAGUACGUUGGUCUAACGUUGCCAGGAGAGGAGGGGCCUUCAACCCUGACAACCCUAAGCUGUUUUCGUACUCAGUCCCCAAAUGUUGCAUCGGAUUCUGCUCACCCGUCUCCGCCCUCCCUGACUCCGGUCACAAUAAACCCCUCCUCGCCCAGCUCUUCUAGUGUAACGUCUCCGACGCCGCCUCCUCCCAUUCUGCCCACUAUACCGUCUCCUCCAACGCUCCCCAGCUCGCCGCAGCCUUCGGAUUCACCCCUCCCGGUCCUCUCGCCAAAAAUGUCUCCGAAAGCUGAUGAACCCAAGCAUCUGUCGGAUUCUAUCGAAAAUUUCUCAUCGGAGGAGAACAAGGAUGAAGAGGAGAGUAACAUUUCUGAGCCACAAGAUUAUCCAAGCACUCCACUCCAAAGUCCCCCCAAUCAGUCGGUAGCAUCAAGUCCACCUGGACCUAAAACAGAAGACCUGGCUAAAAAUGUUGAUGUUUCUCUUUCUGCAGUAUGUAACAGUCUAACAAACGGCAGCUUAACCCAGGUUGAAGAAACGGAAAUAUCUUUGAAAACCGAUUUUGCUGCUCUUUCCCCUCAACCAGAAUUGCCGUCAUCUUCCAAAUCUCCUCCUGUUGCAUCACACAGGUCCUCCCCAUCAGCCGCUUUGCAAUCCCCCCCCCAGAUUAAAGUGAAAGAAGAGCCUCUUCACUGUGAAGACGACUUGUCUGCUGUAAACCACUCACCUCACGACUCCUCGCUUCCGCCUGCUGCUCUCGAUAAACUGUCCACUGAAACCCGGGAGGCGGAGGAAGUGGACUCCACGUACUGCAAGACCUUCGUGUGCAAUGUGUGCGAGGAGCCGUUCGACUCCAUCAAAGAGCUCAGCGGCCACAUCACAGAUCACGCUGCUGACUGGCCCUUCAAAUGCGAAUUUUGCGUCCAGCUGUUUGGCGACGAGGCAGCCGUUCUGGCCCACCGCACGGCGCUGCAUGGGGUGGGUCGCAUCUUCCUGUGCUCCGUCUGUUCCAAAGAGUUUGCCUUCCUCUGUAACCUCCAGCAGCACCAAAAGGACCUUCACCCCAACGAGUCCUGCACUCAUACUACUGUAGAGAGCGGCAAGCUGAGGCCGCAGAAUUACACUGAUCCGUCCAGAGCCAAAGAGGAGAGUGCUCCCUCGACGCCGGUGCCAGGAACGCCCAAUAAAAAUGACGUGUCGGCAAAAGAGGAGGCCGAUGUGAACGGGAAUAACACGGAGGACCCCAACGAGGAGCUGUACACUACAAUAAAGAUCAUGGCUUCAGAGGGAGGGAAGCCUAAAGGUCCCGACGUCCGACUUGGCAUCAAUCAACACUAUCCCAGUUUCAAACCACCACCUUUCCCCUACCACAGCCGCUCUCACUCUGGUUCGGUGGCCUCUGCUACAAACUUCACCACCCACAACAUACCGCAAACCUUCAGCACUGCCAUCCGCUGCACCAAAUGUGGCAACAGCUUCGACAACAUGCCCGAGCUGCACAAGCACAUACUGGUGUGUGCUAACGCCAGCGACAAGAAGCGUUACACUCCCAAGAAAAACCCGAUUCCCCUAAAGCAAAUUGUGAAGAGCCCCAAUGGAAUGGUGUCGCCCACCACAACAGCUGAGACUGCACCGGAGGCCGCCGCCGUUGCAGGUCAGAGCGCGUUCCGUCGGAUGGGGCAACCAAAGAAACUCAACUUCAAUCAGGAAACGGGGAAAAUGAAAAUGAGCGCCCUGAGUAAGAAGAAAAACCAGCUGGUCCAGAAGGCGAUCUCGCAGAAACAUAGAACAGUCAGUACUGCAAAGAAGGUGGUGGUCAAAUCUGAAGACGUGCCGCUGUCCAACGUCUGCCCCCACUGCAGCCGGGAGUUCACCUACACGGCUAGUCUGCAUAAACACAUGGUCAUCAGCUGCCCCAUGAAACCUGCCGUCACUAAAAAGGGCAAGAAAGGGUUGGCAGAGGUGAAAAAAGAGGCCGUUUCUUUAGUGGAUAAGAACACAAAUAGGAAGAGACUUCCAGAAGACGAUGUGCAGACAGAGCCACGGGCUAAACCUCCGGGAAAGAGAAGAGCCCGAAGUUUAACUGCAGCAGAGCCUGAAUCCACUGAGGUGAGCAAAGGAAAGCCUCCUUCUGCAGUGGGUCGAUUAAAAAGGCCUGCCGCGCUCUCUGCACCUAUUCCCGCCCGCAAAAAAACCAAAAAGGGCCAAGCUGCGGCUCUACGUCCCCCUUCGCCUCCUCCUGACACUCCCAGUGACACAGCACAACGGCCAACCAUGAGAAUGAAGCGUACGGGCAAAAAGCCAGCGACUAAGAGAUCAGCAGUGGUCAAACCACCUCCAGCAGCACUGCCAGCACAGCUGAAGAAAGAGGAGCGCGUCUCGCUCAGAAAGAGGGACCGAGCCGGGGGUCCGGUCACCAGGAGCUCACAGAUGGCCAACUCUGCUCCUCCUGCUGAGGUGAAGACUGAGGAGCAACCGCUGCAUGAGACGAAAGACCCCCAGCAGUUGCCGAUGAAAUAAGCCAUGGCGACCGCAUCGGGUUUCUCUAAGGACUCCAGACUCCACCUAUCAGGCAAACCCUCCGGACUCACCAAGGCACUGAGGACCGUGAUGGUUUUGAUCCAUCUUAUCCAGCUCUGCCUGUCUCAGCUGCCUUUGCUGGACUAAAGGAGGGAACUCUUUGUAUCUUCCACUUAUCUUACGGACUAAACUGAGCCUUGAAUUCUGCCAGCCUUGCAAAAAAAAAAAAAAAAAAAAAAAAAAAAAA